AUGAACGACGUCCUCCCCCUUCCGCCGGCGCACCCCUUCUCGCAAGGCCUGCCCCGCCCACCGACCCCCGACCAGCUAAGGCGGCGCACCCCCUCACCCACGCCCUCGCUCUCGCUCUCGUCCAAGUCCCUCCCUCCGCUCCCCGUCCCGCGCCGCGCGCCCACAGCAAGCUGCGCCGCCAGCGUGCGCUCGCUCGGCUCCCUCCUCUCCGUCCCGGAGCGGCGGAAGCGGCUCAGCUUGCAUAACUACUUUCUCGACAUUGACAUCGAGUAUGCGCGGAGCGCCAGUGUGCCGCGGCCAAAACUCAUUGUGACGGUCGUGAGGCCGAGUCCGACUGAGGAGACGUUCUCGGGUUUGGAGCGGCGGGGGGAAAAGGACCGUAUUGGGCGGAGCAUACCGGAGACAGUCGAGGUGUUGGAAGGCAUAGACGAGUGGGAGCCGGAGCGGGGGGACGAGACUCCCAAAGCUCAUGAGGAUCACGAAGAGCGGUUAUCGGAGGCACAUGAGUUCGGCAUGAUACCCGACGAGGAGCGGCCCGACAUUGUGAUCCGACGCAAGAACAGCAGGGAGAGCAAGCGGGAGCGCCGACGUCUGUUCCAUGCCAGCUUGGAGCGGCUCGCGAUCCUCGAGCGCAUGCUGGAGGACACGGAUUCGGACCUCGAGCGCGAGCGCCGCCCCCCACCUGGGUUGCAGGCCGGGCCCGUGUCGGCCCCCGUCGCGCAUGCGCCCAGACUAGUUCUCGAGACAGACCUGCGCCGCGCCAAGUCGCUCGAGUAUCAUCCCUACGCCUCGCCCAUCACCUCGAUACUAGGGCACGCCGGGCAUGGGGCGGAGAGCAGCGGCGAGCCCUCCGAACACCUCAACUUUGAGUAUCUCCUCUCGCCGGCUGAGAUCUCCGAGGAGACGGUGGGACGGUAUGAGCUCCCGGCGCUCGAGUUUGGGCCUAGGCUGGGCAUCAGUUUGAAGCGCGACUGGGAGGCGUUAGUCGACGUGCCGCCCGAGGAAGAGGACGUGCUCGAGCUCGGCGCGCUGCUGAUGCCGGACAUCAGGGGCGAGUGGCGGCAUCCGUUCGCCGCGGGGGGAUGUUGA